AUGGCUGCUUCGCAAUCAAAUCAAGCCCUGGUUAGACGGUCGUCCGCGGACGAUGUCGGUCUUAUGCCCCCGCCACCUUUCAAGCGCAUCAAACGGCCACCCAAGGUUUUAGACGAAGACGAAUAUACACAAGCAUUGUCCGACAUCAUUGCACGCGACUACUUCCCCGGUCUGCUCGAAAGUCAGGCGCAGCAUGAGUACUUGGCUGCACUAGAUUCCGGAAAUGAGUCCUGGAUUGCGGAGGCAUCGCAGAAAUUGAGACAGGCGGCAGCGCCGGCAGGCGGGAGCAAGAGGAGGUCAACACGGAACACUAGAUUCGACAGGACUCCUUCAGCGACGCCUCGUCCGGUUGGAGAUACGCCGGUUGGAUAUACAGGCAGCGAAACACCUGUGACGGUCGCUGGAAGUGAAAUUGAGGAAGGAGGGGAGCAGCAAAAACAGUUGGAUAUGUCGGCACUCUCGCUAGGUUCGUUCCAGGCGAAAUACACCUCGGAGGAUAACGAAUCCUUCAACGAUCUCCUAGACAAACAAAAUCGAAAGCGGCGCGAAAAACAUGCCCAUCUGUGGACUCAGGAUCAGCGGCUCCCUUCUGCACGACAAAUCGCUCACCGCGCCCGAGAAGCCCGACUCCUCAAAGAGCGUGAAGAAGACGAAGCGGCAGGAAGAGCCCUUGUUCCUAUGGCCUCGGGCGCGACAGAUGCCCGUCUCGCCAGGCCCGACGCUUGGAAGAUCAAGCGUCCAGACAACAGCUUCAUGUUCCACGCGAGUUCCGUGGACGAAGUUGGGCUACAAACCGUGCAGGAAGUCAAGGAGGAAAACUCCAAAGCUGGUCCGAAACACGUUGUUCACGCAAACACGCGGUUUCCGCCGAUGCAAUACCUCGAAGAACCUGGCCCAGUCCCCCCUUCGCCCUCGCUAAAUACGGAAAUUAUUGCGCAACGUACCAAACAACGCCGAGAGGGCAGCGAUUCAGUGACGACCACCAACUUCCCAGGGAGCGAAACCCCGCGUGUAAACGGCUACGCGUUCGUCGAAGAAGACGAGCCUGAAAACCUGCCCUCCACAAUCGAGUCUUCGGCUCCGAGUUACCGCGAUCUCUUAGCUGGCCAGGUCGGCGACGGCACGCCCAACCCGUUCAAGAUAAGCGAGAUUCGCAAACGAGAAGAUUUGCAUCUGAGGAUCCUGGAAAAGCAGGCGAGGAGGAAGAGGGAAAAGGAACGCGAGACGAUGAGAACACCUGGUUUUGUGUCGGGGGCUAAUGGCAAGACGCCUUCGACGCCGCAGGCUGUCGCCGCCGGAAAUAUGACCCCCGCAGCACAACGGCUGAUGAAGAAGCUGGGUGGCAACACAAGUGUUAGACCUGGCCGUGGGCUUGGAGGUGGGAUAGACGGGGCUGAAGGGAAGGAGAUGUGGACUCCUGGACGGACCCCCCGGAGGAGGCGCGCUGGGAAAUAA